UUUUUUAACCACUGAAAUACUGUACGCGAACACUUCUGACAGCAUUACAACAUUAAGCUAGCUGUACUGUAGCGGUGUUGAUGCUAUUUUCCUCAGCUAGCGUCUGUUAAAGUUAGCUAAAGGUUUAUCUUUGGAUUUGUGUUGUGUAUCUAAAGGAAAAUGUCAAAAAAGGCAAAAAAAAGAAGGCGGAGGGGCUUGUCAUCGUCAAGUGAAGAAGAUGAGAAGGAAUCCAAGAAACAAGAUCUUACCAAGAAUAACAAAAGUAGCAGGGGGAAGCCAGAUUUAAAAAAUCAGGAGAGAUUUGAAACAAAACCGGAAAAAAGUGCCUUUCCUUCCGUUAAAGAUGUUCCCCAAAGCACUCGCCAGAUUAAAAAGCCUGUCUACAGGCUGGCAAAAACACAAGAAAAAGACCAGGAACCUGUUAAAAAAGAAGAAGAAAGAACAAAACAAAAACAUGCCUCUCCACCAGACCUUGGGGGAAAAUUAUCUAGUAAAGCUAAAAAUGACAUUUCACGGAAAAAUAAAACUGUCAGUGGGAGUAAGACUGAGGAAGCAGGACCCUCAAAACACUUGCAUACUUCAGGUGCAGUUCCUCAGGGGACAGAGAAGACAUCUAAAGGCAGCUUGGAUGAGAAGUCUUCCCAGGGGACCCCAUCCAAAUUAAAAAAGCACCUAAUGAGUCCCAGUUUGGUUUGUGCUGAACAGAAAGAACAGGGGAAGAAUGAACUGAAGAAGUGCAGGGCCAAGGAACCACCGAGGACUGAAAAUGACAGCAAAACUGUCAAGACCAAGGAACCAAGCAAUAAUUCCUCCGUAUCCAAGGAUUCUGCGUGGGAGCAGAAGAGUGACGUCUUCAAGAAGAUGUGCCAUAGGCAUGAAGAAAACAAGGCCAAAAAGAGCAUGUGGAUAGAAGUUAAAACUCCCUCUGCCUCUACAACAACAAAGUCCUCCACUUCAGCCAAGCCCACUACCUCUACCUCUGUUAGUAGCUCAAAGGUGGUGAAAAAAGUCACAUUGGGGUCACAAAAUCCAUCAUCUUCUCAGGAACAAGUAUAUGCAGCCCCACCAUUUGUGCCUUUUAAAUUUAAGAUACCAAAAAAAGUUAAACCAACUCCAGUAGAAAGCACUGUUGAAAAGAAAGAAGCAAAAACUACAAAGAAAGGUCUUGAACCUGUGCCUGAGCUUCCAGAAACUGCAGCAUCAAGCAGCAAAUCUGAGGAGAAAACUGUUCAGCAAGCUCCCGUCUCUCCAGAUGUUACACCUAGUGUUUCAUCUGAAGGACAAGAUGAAGGCCCACCUUUGGCAGAACAACUUCCAAAUACGUUUCAUACUGUCCCAGCGCCGUGGUAUGACCAGAUGCAAGUGGUCGAAGAGCUUCAUCUUGCUCGCUCUCAGAAGAGAUUGGAGGUGAAUGUAAUGCAAAGCUAUGGGGAUCUCACCUGUAUGGACAUAGACCCUCCAGAAGAGGGAGGUGCAGACUGUAAACAACCUAACCAGCAAUACCUCAUCCUUGUCUUGGACACCAACAUUCUCCUCAGUCACCUGGAUUAUAUCAAAAAGAUCAGAAUGAACGGCCUUGGAGACCUGGGCUACCCGAUAGUCCUGAUCCCCUGGGUGGUGCUUCAGGAGCUGGACUCCCUCAAACGGGGGAGGGGCCUGUCAGGGUCUGUGGCCCACCUCGCUACUCCUGCCAUCUCGUACAUUUACAACUGCUUGAAGAGCCGGGCACCUUUCCUGUGGGGUCAGUCUAUGCAGCAGGCCAGCGAGAGCAACAAUGGUCUGAAUGCCGAGAAUAAUGAUGAUCGGGUGCUGCAGUGCUGCCUGCAAUACCAGAGUCUGUACCCAGAGUGUGCUCACAUCCUAUGCACUAAUGAUAAGAACCUGUGCAGUAAGGCCCUCCUGAGUGGAGUGAAGGCCUUGUGCAAGAUUGAUCUGGAGGCAGAGGUUGGGGGAUCCAAACAUGGCUUUCAUCCUCCGCAAAAUGUCGGCCCUCAGGUCCCAUCAGCAAUGCAAAACAGGAUCUACGCACCAGUCCAGCCACGCAUGCAAAGGACAGGACUCCAUACUGUAGAGGAGAACGAUAACAAGCGAGGGGAUGAGAGGCCAGUGUGGGACCCUAGCAGUGUUUCUGAACUAGAACAGUGUCUGCUCGAGGUGCUGUCAGAUGUGUUGGAGGUGGAGAUGAAGGCCGCUUUCGAAGACAUUUGGCUAGAUAUAGUUUACAUAAAACCUCCAUGGACUCUUCUAGAUGUUCUGAAAUGUUUUAAAAAGCACUGGAUUGCCGUCUUUGGGAACAUUGUCCCACGGAGGAAACAGCAAACUGUUUCAACCCUCAUCAACUUUUUCAAUUCAGGUGGCACAUCGCACUGUAGAGAUGCAUCAGCACUCCUCCGAGAUGCUAAGGAGCUUGUGAAAGCAUUUGGGAAAAGGUCAAGACGCGUUUCCGGUGCCAUCUCCAGAAUGGACAACAUUUUCAAUAAGCGACAACCACAGUGGGAAUCUCCUGCCAUCGAUGUUGUCAUGAAUGAAGAUGAUGAGUAUCAUAAUGAUGAAGAAGAAGAAGCGGAACAACCCACGCCUGCUCCUUUCUCGCACCAGGAAGUGUGGGCCCUGUUUGAACACCUCUGGUCUUAUGUGUUUCAGAUGAGCUUGGAAGUGUUCAAAGCUCUGGGCUUUGACCCUAACUCCAUGCAGAGCGCUCAGCCGGGGGGGGGUCCUGCGCCACCACAGGACGCCGUGGACUGUCUGCACAAUCUGUGCUGCAUAGUCUCACAGCUGCUCCAGAUCUUCAGCAGUGUCCUGUCAUCAGCCCCGCGGUUAGAGGAAGUCCAGACGCUGCUCAGCAUCCUUCACUCUAAUAAGAUUGUUAACUUGGACUCCAGAUUGACAGCCAAAGACUUCCUGGACUGUCUCGUACAACAAGACAACAGGGAGAAGCUCAGUAUCGGAGGGAACCAGUUAUUGGGGGUCAAAGAGGUCCUGGAUCGCUGUGUUGGGGUCACCUGUCAACACAUCAACUUCAACACAUCUCGGGCCUGAUGAUUCAGAAUUAGAGAGUCUGCACGUCAGCCAAUCAGAUGCACUAAAUAAACUGAUAUCCUUUACUUGAAGUGAAAACUGUCAAUUGCAGAGGUGUCUGCUCAUACUCUGGAUACUGAAGCCGUUUACCUUUUUUUAUUUUCCGUUAAAAUGUAUAAAAUGUUUCUUAUGAUAUUCUGCUUCACACAAAGGGAUGGAUGUCUAUGGAUUUUCUCCUUAUUUCUUAAGGGUGACACCUUUUGUUAAAGAGAGUAUUUUUCUGACAGUUUUCAGAGGUCAACUAUCAAGUGUUGCUUUCAAUGUUCUCCAAGAUUCCUUCAGCUACUUUACAUAUCGUUUUCAUAUUACCUGCCAAAUUACAGUUGAGCAAUCCUGUCUCAUGAUUUCAUCUUGCUUUUAUUGUUAGAAGUGAUCAGUUUGUAACCAAUCACAGCCCUGGCAUUAGUUGUUAUACAAACAUUUGAUUGCAGUUUGUUACAUAGUUCACAAACAUAGAGCUGGGUAUUUUUGCAUCAUAUGAAGGUAUGAUGAUGCAAAUUUCUGAAGUUCUAGGUUUACCCCACGGCCACUGUGAAAACUUAUUUGAUAUAUUUGACCGUAGUUAAUUUUAAUAUCUUUUCACUUUUUUUAAACACAGACAUAAUUAUCAGUUGGUUCAUAUUAUUUAUGAUUCUUAAACGUCAACAAAAGCUUUAGUUCACUGGUCCUAAAGUAAUAGUACGACAUUAAGGUAAAUAUGAGGAGAUGCAAACCUCAUUCAAUAUUAAGCUAGGCCUAGAUAAACUUAGCUUAGCAUAAAGACUGGAGGCAGGGAGAAGCAUCUCUCCUAGCUCUGUUCAAAGGAAACACAUUCAGCCCACCAGUUCUCAACACUUAACAUCUUGAUUGUUUUAUUCGCACACAAAGUAGAUUGUAAAGUUCAGUGUCCUCCUGUUUCACUGAAGAAAUAAUUGUCACAAACCAUGCUUUAGACUUAAUGCAACCAACUGCAAAUUAUACAGUAGCUUAGAGAUAAAACAAAGGUUUCAAACCAUAUUGUUAUAUAACCUUAAGUUGUUUACUGCCUGAGCUUUUUCCUCAAAUCAUGACUCUUUAAGGCCAAGCAAUGAUCUAGUAAAAAGCUGAAACAAAGUGGCAAUUUAUUUAUUUUAUAUUUUUCUACUGAAGCUAUCAGAGAGGUUGUCAUUUAAGAUGGGAGUCUACUUUGAAAACCAAUGAGUGUUCAGCUUCCGAAGGUUUUUGGUUGAUUUUUAAGUAGAAAUGUAAAUAAUUUGAGAACAGAAAAUAUAUUUUAUGUAAAAGAGUUAAAUGUUUACAACAAAUAAA